UUUCGCCAGGGACCAGAUUCUUCAACAAAACGUCAUGUUAAAGAAGUUCGCCGAGCCAUUUGCAACUGAGAGUAUUGCGAAGCGUAUGUUUGGGGAAAUAAUCACGUUGAAACAUUUGAAACAUGAAAAUGUGCGCAAUUGCCCUAGAGUAUCUAAUCGCGCCAUAGCACUGACGAAGUCAGAUCGUCAAUUUGGUCGAUAUAUUCAUGUCACCUUCAGAAGACAUGUUUGCUGUCCUCCCUCCAACAUAUGGAAUCCCUGUUCUAACAACAGACAUAGUUAUCUAAUAUCAGAGCUGAUGGAAACCGAUCUUCAGACACUAUUGAGAACCAGGGGCAUUGAAAAGGAAUAUGUUCAGUAUUUUCUUUAUCAAAUGAUGCGCGGUUUGAAAUAUGCACAUUCAGCAGGGGUGUUUCAUCAUGAUUUGAAACCAAGUCAAAUAUUGGUAAAUCGGAAUUGUGAUCUCAAGAUAUGCAAUUUUGGGAUAGCACAUGUUCAGAAAUUGUCCCCAAUGGCAUAUGGCUCGAUCCUGCACUACAAGGCGCCCGAAGUCCUAAUCUCAAGGCAGAGCUACCAUGGGCAGACUGAUAUCUGGAGCGCAGGGUGUAUCUUCGCCGAACUACUUAUGGGAACACCUCUUUUCCCAGGUGAUAACACCAUCCAUCAACUUCAUGCUAUUACCAAAUUGCUUGGCUCGCCACCAGAUCAUAUGUUAAUCAAAGAAAUAACUAAAAAUCGGCAAUGGCCACUUCUCAAUGGCACACCCGAAGAAAAUGACAUUCAAGGGGCUUCUUCUAAAAUUUCUCAUGGCAGAUUCCAAAUUUCAUACUAUUACUUCCAAGAAGUGAAGGCAAAGCACUGUCUUCCGUUCUGCCAGACAACAAAAUUUGUGCCAACCGCAGCAGCUAUCGAUAUCCUUACGAAGAUGAUUGUCUUCGACCCCCACAAACGAGCGACGGCAUCGGAAACCCUCACUUUUCCUUACCUGGCGCCUUAUCACGACCCGACUGACGAGCCAGAGGCCAAGACCAAGCUUGAUUGGAGGUUGGCUGAGGCUGAUUAUCCUCUCAAAGCCUGGAAGGCAAAAGUGUACGUUAAAAUCAAUCUUCAUCUCGGACCACGGUACUAA